CAGUUGCCCAGGCUGGUUUUGAACUCGAUCCUCCUGACUCAGUCUUGGCAAUAGUCAGGACCGUUAUUCCCAGCAUAACACUGAUUUUUUUUUUUAAAGUGGAGACUAGGAAGAGGAAACAGAGAGGAACAGACUGGUGAAUGAAGGUCGAGUAGAGGAGAAGACUGGAGGAAAGUUGUGUUGGAACAAUGGUAAGGAAGGUAGCUGCCAUUUACCUCAGGAAGCAUCAUGAGGGCCUGAUUUGAGUCCCGGGAACCCUCGUGGCAGACACUGCACACAGUCAUCAUUGCUUCUGAGAAACAGCAUGGCAAAGCCACUCGGUGACAAUACCAUGGGAUCCGCGGCAGAAGGAAGAGACGGUGCUUUAUGGCCAGACACCCCCAAGGGCCCCCUUAGUGCCUACCGAGCAAGAGCCUCCUUCAGCUCCAAGGAGCUGCUGCUCUUCUGGGAUGGCCAGGAUGUGCUCCACUUCAAGAAAACCAUCUUCUCAGCUUUGGAGAAUGACCCUCUCUUUGCCCGCUCACAUGGGGCUGAUCUGCCUCUCGAGAAGCAAAGGGAACUGAAUUUUCUUCGCUGCAAGCGGGUCAUUGAGUAUGGCUUCUUCAACGUUGAGGACCUGCUAAAGAACCCCCUGAAGAUUCUAGCAUUGAUUAGCUGCCUGGGCAUGUAUGACUGGUCCCUGGCCAACAAAUAUGUCCUCCACAUCUUGAUUUUUGGAUCCUCAGUUUUCAGUUCUGGUUCUGAGCAGCAUCUCAAGUACCUUGAGAAGAUCUAUAACAUGGAGAUAUUUGGCUGUUUUGCUCUUACCGAGCUAAGUCAUGGGAGUAACACCAAGGCCAUGCGAACGACAGCUCACUAUGAUCCAGCCACGCAGGAAUUCAUCUUACAUUCCCCGGAUUUCGAGGCUGCAAAAUUUUGGGUGGGCAACAUGGGCAAGACGGCAACUCAUGCGGUGGUGUUUGCUCAGCUGUACAUGCCAGAUGGCGAGUGCCAUGGGCUGCAUUCCUUCGUGGUGCAGAUUCGGGACCCGAAGACCCUGCUUCCCAUGCCAGGGGUAAUGGUUGGUGACAUGGGGAAGAAGCUGGGGCAGAAUGGCCUGGAUAAUGGAUUCGCCAUGUUCCACAAAGUUCGAAUUCCUCGCCAGAACCUCCUGGACAGGACUGGGAAUGUCACCUCUGAGGGCACCUACAACACCCCCUUUAAGAAUGUCCGGCAGCGUUUGGGAGCAUCCUUGGGCAGCCUGUCCGCAGGGCGCAUCUCCAUCAUUGGCAUGUCUGUGACCAACCUGAAGCUGGCCGUGUCCAUAGCUAUCCGAUUCUCAGCCACACGGUGUCAGUUUGGACCCACGGACAAGGAAGAAAUUCCUGUCCUUGAAUAUCCACUGCAGCAAUGGCGCCUACUUCCCUACCUGGCAGCUGCCUAUGCCUUGGACCACUUCUCUAAGACGCUCUUCUUGGAUCUCAUGGGACUGCAGCGUGGUCUGCUCAAGGGAGACCACAGUGCCAGGCAGGCAGAGCUUGGACGUGAGCUCCAUGCACUGGCGUCAGCUGGCAAGCCCCUAGCCUCAUGGACAGCUCAACAGGGGAUCCAGGAGUGCCGUGAGGCCUGCGGGGGACACGGUUAUCUGGCCAUGAAUCGGCUUGGUGACCUCAGAAAUGACAACGAUCCAAACUGCACCUAUGAAGGCGACAACAACGUCCUGCUACAGCAGACGAGCAACUACCUGCUUGGCCUCCUCGAGCAGCGGCUCCAAGAUGGAGCUCGCUUCACAAGCCCCCUCAAGACGGUGGACUUUCUGGAAGCCUAUCCUGGAAUCUUGAGCCAGAAGUUCAUGGGCUCCAGCAAGGCUGACUGGUUGGACACAGCAGCCCUCCUGGCAGCAUACCGCUGGCUUGUUUGCUACCUGCUCCAAGGAAGUCAUCAGAGAUACUGUCAAGAGAAAGAGUCCAGAGGCAGUGACUUUGAAGCAAGAAACAACAGCCAGGUGUACUUCUGCCGGCCCCUGGCCCUGACCUUCAUGGAGCUCACCGUGGUACAGCGAUUCCUCGAGCAUGCGCACAGCUCCAGUGUGCCUCCAUCCCUGCAGGCCGUGCUCAAGCGGCUCAGCACACUCUAUGGCCUGUGGUCCCUGAGCCAGCACGUGGCCCUGCUCUACCGAGGUGGCUACAUUUCUGGUGAACAAACAGGAAGAUCGAUGGAGGAUGCCAUCCUGGCACUCUGUGUGCAGCUGAAAGAUGAUGCGGUGGCCCUGGUGGACGUGAUCGCCCCUUCCGACUUUGUUCUGGGUUCCCCGAUUGCCAGAGCUGACGGUGAGCUCUAUAAAAACCUCUGGGCAGCCAUCCUACAGCAGAACGGCGUGCUGGAGCGGGCCGCCUGGUGGCCUGAGUUCACUGCGCACAAACCGGUGGCUGACAGGCUGAAGUCCCAGCUGUAGACACAGUGGGAAGGACGGCCACAGCAGGAGCAGCUGAUCCAGAGGCCUGAACUCAGACACAGAGGCCCACCAGACACCGAGAUACCCACGCUGAAAGUCACUCACACCCUACCUUGUCCUCAUCCCUGGUCAACCUGUCAUGCCCAUCCUCGGAUGAGGAGAGGCCACGCCUCACAUGCAGGGUCAGGGAGUUUGCGUAGUGUGUUUCCCUGAGGGUCUUGGGAUUUUAACAAAGGAUUGUAUUUAUGCUCUCUUGGGGUAUGGAUAGGAAGACAAAGCGAAGGCUUUUUCUGCUCAGGUGAACUUGGGGAUCCAUGGGAGAGUUUUUACGAAGUUCUCUUCUCUAUGCUGCCUUCUGAUUCUUUAACCUUGCUGUGAUGUACCCAUGCCUCUGUUCAUUUGCCACUUAACGCUGUGUAUACCAUGGACCAUCAGUAUGGCAUAAUUUGGAGAUUUUUAUGAGGGAAAAAUGUUUGAUUAUGUCCUUUGGUGGCUCUAGAAGUGUCCCCUGAGGAAACACUUCCACCGAGGAAGUGUGUGGGACUUCCAGUCUCCACACCACCAACAUCCCCCGCUGUGUCAGUGAUUGGUUGGCAAUGGCUUCAGUCCUUUUCAUUCUAAAACAGGAGAAAGGCCCACUGCCAUCUGUCCCCACCAAGUGUCCCUCAGCAAAUUCACACAUGGCUUGACCCUGUCAGACCUUUGAGCUUCUGAAAGGCACAGGGGCCAUGCUGCCAUCCGUUCCUGCUGUAGGAAGGAUCCCGCAGCCUUAGCCUGUUUAAUGGGCUGUUCUGAGCCCCAGGUGCUUGCUGAGCCUGAGAGCCUCUCUCUCCACCACCCUGCUCUUGGUCAUCCCCACCCCGUCCUGGCUCAGCCCCCUCCCAGAGUCUCACCCCAGGCCAGUGGGGGCCUGCCGGCAUGAGGGCCAUGUGUUCACAGAUGAUCCCCUCCACCUGGACCUAUGGCAUUUCCCAACAAUGAGGACUAGGUCUUAGGGCCCCUUGGGUCCUCCCAGAUGGUAGGGUCUGUGCCCUCCCAUCCUGCCACACAAUGGUCACCUCAGCCAUCUUUUCGCCUGACCAUAACUUUUGUAUGGGAGUGUGGUUACUAUCCUGUCUUGAUUGGAGACCCACCAGCAUGUCCACAGUCAGUAGAAUGUUGCAUUAGGAUUUGCCAUGUGGUUCCCAGGGUCAGGCAGUCUGACUGCAGAGCUUCUGCUGGUGGCUGAGGUGCCAACAGGUUUCAAAUGGUAGAAAAAUGGAUCAGCAGCUAUAGCUUCCGGGAGAGGGAGAGUCAGUUCUCUUUAAGAGUAGCCACGGUAGGCUGACCAUUCUCCACUGCAUGCCCAUACACCCAAGAGCAUAAGUGUGGCACAAAAUGGACUUGAUUAUUUUUUUAAGUGUGCAUAUGUAUGCUUUCAUAUCUCUCUGUUGGGUAUGUCUUUGUCCCUGAGGCAGGGACUAAUUCUCUGGACAACAAGAAUUUAACAGGUGUCCUGUUGGCUUGUUGGCAUCACAUGACUUUCAGGGAUGACUCAUGUAUCCCUAGUCCUUGCUGCUGUGAUGUGCUUCACUCCUAGGUCCUGAGAGUGAGGCUGGUGGCGUGUGGAGCCUAUGGGUGGAGGCCACAUUAUUGAGGUUCGUAAAGGCCCCUUGAAAACGAAACAUUUGUAAACAGCAGUAAAAACUUGAAUAAUUGCAAUAAAGUGUUGAAAUCGAA